AUGUUGACUGAAGCGAACAUCAGUUACAACGAUUUUCGAAACACAGUAGCCUUCAAUGAAUACAAUGAAAAAAUUGACAAUCGUAGAAUAGAAGAAGCUAAAAGAUAUUUAGACCUAACGCGUAAUAAAUUAGAAAAGUCAAAAAAAAUAAAGGACAGUUUUCAAAGCGCUGAGUCAAGUAGCCGAGACGUCCACUUUUCAAAAGACAGAGGAGAGCGAGAGGAAAAUGGUGAGGACAAAGAGUGGGAAAAAACAAUAUCGAAUUUAUCAGUUACAAAAACAAAGGGAGAAAUUAGAGAAACUAUUAAAAAUGUGGUCGAAAGACGAAAGAAGGACGGUAAAAUGUUAAAAAAAGAUAUACAGGGGGUUGUUAAAAAAAGAGGACGGUCAACUGACACACAAGACGAAAUAAUAAAGAGGAAUUUAGAGUUGCAGAGGACAAUUAGAAGCAGGGAAAAUAAGCAGCCUCACGAGGAAAGCGGUGGAGGUGGUGGUGGUGGUGGUGGCGGGAACGUCGGGAGCGGGACCGGUGGUGGUGCUAGUGUUCAAACUCAAAGUGCUCAUUUUGUUGAACACGAUUCUUUGAAAUUCAGUGAAAGAAACAAUUUAGGGUUAGGUGAAGGAAAUAUGCACUUAAAUAGAAAAGAUCGAUCCGAAUUCGGAGCCCAAAAUAAAGACUUGAAAAAUGAUUAUCGCUUUGUUGAUGAUAAAAAAAAUGAUCCACUCAUUGUAUCGACAACAAAAGGUAAAGUUCGUGGAGUCACUCUUCAAGGAGCUAAUGGGAAAUACGUUGAUGCGUGGUUAGGAAUACCCUACGCUCAAAAACCGAUCGGGAACCUACGAUUUCGUCAUCCGAGACCCAUUGAAAAAUGGGAUCCGGAAAUAUUCAAUGCUACAAAGCCACCAAACAGUUGCGUGCAAAUUUUAGAUACUGUUUUUGGUGAUUUUCCGGGCGCGACCAUGUGGAAUCCGAACACUCCACUUUCUGAAGAUUGCCUCUACAUAAAUGUAGUAGUGCCUAAACCCAGACCCCGUAAAAGCGCUGUGAUGGUAUGGAUUUUCGGUGGAGGUUUUUAUUCCGGCACGGCAACCCUCGACGUUUACGAUCCGAAAACUUUGGUGAGUGAGGAAAAUGUAAUCGUCGUAUCCAUGCAAUAUCGAAUAGCAUCUCUCGGUUUCCUAUAUUUCGGAACUCCAGACGUGCCCGGAAACGCAGGUUUAUUUGAUCAAUUGAUGGCUCUUCAGUGGGUUCACGAUAACAUUCGUUCUUUCGGAGGAAAUCCAUAUAACGUCACAUUGUUCGGAGAGUCGGCGGGAGCGGUGUCCGUGAGCACUCAUCUAUUAUCUCCUCUCAGCAGAAAUUUAUUUAGUCAAGCGAUCAUGGAAUCCGGAUCUCCUACGGCUCCUUGGGCAAUUAUACCAACGGAAGAAAGCAUAUUGCGAGGCCUUCGCCUUGCCGAAGCUGUCAAUUGUCCUCAUGAUCGUUUUCAAUUGUCUGCCGUCAUAGAAUGUUUGCGUAAUACAAAUGCUUCACUUUUAGUUAAUAACGAAUGGGGAACUCUUGGAAUUUGCGAAUUCCCUUUCGUACCCGUUAUAGACGGAGCAUUUUUAGACGAAUUACCCGAGUUAGCAUUAGCGAAUAAAAAUUUCAAGAAAACAAAUAUUCUAAUGGGUUCCAACACGGAAGAAGGAUACUACUUUAUUAUAUAUUAUCUAACUGAAUUGCUUAGAAAAGAAGAAAACGUUUACGUCAAUAGAGACGAAUUCAUAAAAGCGGUAAGAGAAUUAAAUCCGUACAUAAAUAACAUAGCAAGGCAAGCGAUCAUAUUCGAAUAUACCGACUGGUUAAAUCCGGACGAUCCGGCACGUAAUAGAGAUGCUUUAGAUAAAAUGGUCGGAGAUUAUCAUUUUACAUGUAGCGUUAAUGAAUUCGCUCAUCGAUACGCGGAAACAGGAAAUAAAGUUUACAUGUAUUAUUUCACUCACCGAAGCGCCGGAAAUCCAUGGCCAUCUUGGACGGGUGUCAUGCACGGUGAUGAAAUUAAUUACAUAUUUGGCGAGCCUUUAAAUCCACUUAAAAAUUAUCGAGUCGAAGAACAGGAACUCAGCAGGCGAAUCAUGAGAUAUUGGGCCAAUUUUGCUAAAACAGGAAAUCCGAGCAUGUCCGAAGAUGGAACAUGGACUCCUGUUGUAUGGCCCGAACACACUGCACACGGUAGAGAAUACCUUACAUUAGCAGUGAAUAAUACGUCUACGGGAAGGGGUCCAAGGCUUAAACAGUGUGCAUUUUGGAAAAAAUAUUUGCCCCAAUUAUUAGCACUAACAAAAAAUAUCAAAUCUAACAAUCAAAUACAAAAUUGUCAAUCAAAGGGUUCAAAAUCAACAUUUUUACAUUUUAGUCAUUUUAUUCCACCUUAUUUCACUUUAUUAUUAUUAUUAUUAUUAUCGGGGGGAAAAAUAUUUUAA